UGUUCGGUUUUUGCUCAUCCAGAACAAUGAACAUCUUUGUCAAUAACCCCACCGGAACAACGUUCCGGGUCUGGGUUCACCCAUCAGACACCGUGUGUUCCGUCAUGGAGAACAUCCACAACCGGUAUCGCCUCAUCUUCAAUGGGGUGCAGCUACAGGAUAACUGUAGAUUGGCCGAUUACAACAUCCAGGAGGACUCCACUCUUGACCUUGAAGAGAAGAUGCAGAUCCACGUGAUGGAGACGCUGAUCACCAUCGACCUUGACUUCAACAGCCUAGACACUAUCGACGGCGUGAAGGCCAAGAUCUAUCGCCUCAAGGGCUUUCCUGUAGAUCAGCAGUGCCUCCUCUUCGCCGGCAAGCGUCUAGAGAACGGGAACCGCACCUUGGCAGACCACAACAUAUGCAUGGAGUCCACGAUACUCCUUGUCCUCCUCCCAUGUAUUCCGAGAGGACACAUGAUGCAGAUCUUCGUGAAGGGGCUAACUGGGAAGACCAUCACUCUCCAGGUUGGGAGCUCGGACACCGUCGAUAGUGUCAAGGUGAAGAUCUAUGAGAGGAACCACGCCCCUUUCCCGAAUGUGCAACGCCUCAUCUUUGCUGGCAGGCAGCUGGAGGGAGGGCGCACCUUGGCGGACUCCAAGAUUACAAAGCAUUGCACCCUUCAUUUGAGUCUACACCUUCGUGGUGGAAUGAACAUCUUUGUCAAGAACCCCACCGGAAGAACGAUCCGGAUUUGGGUUCACCCAUCAGAUACCUUCCGUUCUGUCAAGGAGCAGAUCCAGAAGCGGUAUCACCUCAUCUUCAGUGGGGUGCAGCUAGAGGAUGACAGUACAUUUUCUGAUUACAACAUCCAGCAGGACUCCACUCUUGACCUUGAAGAGAAGACACAGAUCUACGUGAUGGAGACACUGAUGGGUAGGAUCAUCAACAACCUUGAUGUUGACAUCCUAGACACUAUUGACGGCGUGAAGGCCAAGAUCUAUUGCCUCGAGGGCUUCCCCGUAGAUCAGCAGUGCCUCAUCUACGAUGGCAAGCGUCUAGAGAACGUGAGCCGCACCUUGGCAGACCACAACAUCUGCAAGGAGUCCACAAUACUCCUUGUCCUCCACCCGUGUAUUCCGAGAGGAGACAUGAUCCAGAUCUUCGUGAAGGUGCUGACUGGGAAGACCAUCACUCUCGAGGUGGAGAGCUUGGACACCAUCUAUGAGUUGAACUACGCCCCUUUCCCAAAGAAGCAACACCUCAUCUUUGCUGGCAGGCAGCUCGGGAGCGGCACCUUGGCGGACUACAAGGUUACGAAGGAGUGCACCCUUCAUUUGUGUCUACGUCUUCGUGGUGGUGCUCUACAGGUGUCUCCGAAGACACUAAUGGGCAGGAUAAUCAACAACCUUGACACUGACAGCCUAGACACUAUCGACGACGUGAAGGCCAAGAUCUAUGACCUCGAGGGCUUCCCCAUAGAUCAGCAGUGCCUCAUCUUCGCGGGCAAGCGUCUAGAGAACGGGAGCCGCACCUUGGCAGACCACGACAUCUUCAAGGAGUCCACAAUACUUCUUGUCCUCCUCCCAUGUAUUCCGAGAGGAGACAUGAUGGAGAUUUUCGUGAAGGUGCUGACUGGGAAGACCAUCACUCUCAAGGUUGGGAGCUUGGACACCAUUGAUAGCGUCAAGGUGAAGAUCUAUGAGAGGAACUACGCCCCUUUCCCGAAAGAGCAACGCCUCAUCUUUGCUGGCAGGCAGCUGGAGAGCGGCACCUUGGCGGACUACAAGGUUAUGAAUGAGUGCACCCUUCAUUUGUGUCUACGUCUUCGUGGUGGAGACAUAAUGCAGAUCCAUGCGGAGAACCUAAAAGGAAAAACCAUCUCUCUCGAGGUUGGGAGCUCGGAUACCGUCGAGAGUGUCAUGGUGAAGCUAUACGAGAUGAACUUUGCCCCUUACCCGAGACAGCAGCGCCUCAUCUUUGUAGGGAAGCUGCUGGAGAUGUGGCAAACCCUGGCAGACUACAACAUUCAUAGUGAAAAAAAAAAACUUUAUUUGGUUUUGAAAAUCAGAGGUGGAACCCAAGUCUUUUCAAUAAUUCUUGUAACAUUUUUUUUGGCAAAACCUUAUCAGAGGGCUAGGAGCUCCCAUCUUUGCAUUAAGAAGAAGAGAAAACGUACAUCGACCAGUUAGUCUGGGGGAAAGCAGAGCAUUGACCACACACACACACAUGGCAGCAUGCCUUGUUAAACCAGGUCUAGGACGCCAUCAGACAAGCCAAACGAUUACCGGAGUCCCCGAUGACCGCCA